CUCAAGGCUGUCCUGGCCUACGUGCAGCUCUUCACUGCCAAGGACGUCGCCUUCGCCAGCCUGCCCUACUUCAAGGGGGAGUUCUGCGUGGAGGCGGUGCGCGAAGGACUGGUGGUGGCCUUCGUGCGCUGGCUGUGCCACACUGCCCGGGGCUUUGCCGAUGGCCCGGCGGAGCGGGGGGCCCCCGCUGCGCCCCCAGCCCUGCUGCUGCUCCUUGCCCGCCUCUGCCUCGACUACGAGGCCACCACCAUCAGCUACAUCCUCACUCUCACUGACGAGCAGUUUCCCCCUCAGGACACGGGCCCGGUAGUGACACCGGGCCCAGCACUGUGUGCAGAGGCGCGGGCAGCAGCGCAGCGGCUGCUCGACCACUACGUGCAGGUCCAGGGCGCCGCGGUGGCGCAGAUGCUGCGGAAGAGCGUGGAGACACGUGACUGGCUGGGCACCGUCGAGCCCCGCAACGUCCGCGCUGUCAUGAAGCGCGUGGUCGAGGACAUCACCGCCAUCGAUGUCCAGGUGGGGCAGCUCUUCGAGGAGGGGGUGCGGCGGGCACAGAGCAGUGACUCGAGCCGGCGCGCCUUCUCCGUCUACAGCAGCUCUCGGGCACCCGGGCGCUACGCCCCCAGCUACACCCCCAGUGCCCCCAUGGACACCCACCUGCUCAGCAACAUCCAGAAGCUCUUCUCUGAGCGCAUCGACAUCUUCAGCCCUGUCGAGUUCAACAAGGUGUCGGUGCUGACGGGGAUCAUCAAGAUCAGCCUGAAGACACUGCUGGAGUGCGUGCGGCUGCGGACACUGGGGCGCUUUGGGCUGCAGCAGGUGCAGGUGGACGGGCACUACCUGCAGCUCUACCUGUGGCGCUUCGCCGCCGACGAGCGGGUGGUGCAGGGGCUGCUGGACGAGGUGGCUGCCAGCGCCGCCCACCGCUGCCUCGACCCUGUCCCCAUGGAGCACAGCGUCGUCGAGCUCAUCUGCGAGCGCGGGUAGGACGGGGGGACACAGCGAGGGGGGGACAAUCGUGUCUUAGGCCCUGUGAUGUACCUGGGGACAGACGUCUGUCCCAUGAGUUCCUGCACGUCCCUGGGGACACCCCAUGCAUCCUCCCUGCCACUGGGAUGUCCCGUGUCCCCACACACAGCAGCGGGCAGGGACACCCCCUGUCCCCACACCGGAUCACC